AUGUCUGUGACAAUUGAUUCUCUCACCCCUCUGCCAAUUAACAAUACCGCAGAGGCUUUGGAGACUGCCCCAGCUCCUGAUGACUCCCAGCAUCAGGUGAAUCAAGACCCUCUCGCUUUCGAAAAUUUGAAGCCUUACAUUCACCCACCUGAGUCGGCUGAAGACUUGAAAUGGUCUGACCUCGUGACUCUUGACCUCUCUGAGCUCUCAAAGCCAGGAGGCAAACAGUCGUUGGCUGCCCAGCUGUCACACGCAGUGCAUAGUGUUGGAUUCUUCUAUGUGAAGAAUUUUGGUCUCACUCAAAAUCAAAUCGACCGGCAGUUGACCAUAGCCAAAGCUCUUUUUGAUCUUCCAUUUGAAGAGAAACAGAAAUAUGCAGUCGACUACAGCAAAGGAGAUUACAAUGGAUAUCGCUGGGGAGGCUACCGUGCUGAUGGCAGCGUAGCUGAGAAUAACCAUGGCGACAAUAUUGAGGCCUACAACAUUCCCAAGUUCACCCCUGACUUUGCUGGAAAAUAUGCUCACCCUCCACUGAUUGAGAGACAUAUUGCUGAAAUUGAGGCUUUCUCUAAGCAUCUGCACGAGCACAUCGUCCUCCCUUUAAUGGUGCUUUUCGGCGUUGUGCUUGAGUUCACGGAUAAUGAAUUGCUAGCGAAGCUACACAGCUACGAAAAGUUAUCCGACGAUCAUUAUCGUUACAUGAAAUAUCGCCAACGGACAUCAAAAGAGCACAAAGAAGCUCAAGGUCCUCAAGUAAAGGGCCAUACGGAUCUCGGGAGCCUCACACUCUUGUUCCGACAGCCUGUCGCAGGGCUUCAAAUUUUGGGAGAUGAUAACCAGUGGCGAUACGUUCGACCUCUCCCUGAUACUGUUACUGUCAAUGUGGCGGAUAUCCUCUCACUGCUGACUGGAGGGUAUUUAAAAUCAUCCAUUCACCGGGUUAUUGCACCCCCGCAGGAUCAGUGGGGUUAUGAUCGUAUGGGCUUGUUGUAUUUCGCCAGACCUCAUAACGACACAAUCCUUGAGUCCUUGGUUUCUCAAUCUCCCAUUCUCCAAAGAAACCAAGCUAUUUUGGAAGAAAAAUUUACACGGCCUAUUACCAUGGGCGAGUUUACCGUGGCCAAGCAGCGGAUGCUGCUAAACCCCCCACGUUUACGACAAGAAACGAGAUGA